UACCACUGAAAUAUGAGGCUAAACUAUGGUCCUAAUUCAUCCAACUGCAUCUCAGGGUCUGGGUGAGCAGGUGCACAAAACAAGAUAAACACAGAGAGGGAGAGUAGGAGUGGGAGGGGCUGACAGGGAAACAGAGAGAGGGAGAGAAGUUGAAAGUGAGAGGGACAGACAGAGAGAAAAGAGGUAAUAUAACCUUGUUUUAGUGCACAUUUAUACCUGGAACUUAGAUUAUAUUCACAAAGCCUUAUAAACACAUUUUCAAGGAUUUGAAGAACUGAAUGGAGCAUCAUCGAGGAAGGCUGUAACAGGGGAUGUAGUCCAAACUCAGGGAUAUGACAUCACUCAGACUUAGGCCACAGACGUGACAUCACUGUGACAUCAUCAGCACUGGCUUGGAGGUGGUAGAGAAGAUGGCAGUGUUUAGGGUCAUGCGCAUCACAUUGUUGGUUGUUUUACUGAGAAAUACAUCCACCAAGAGUUCAGCAAGUAAAAAAGAGGACCAAAGAGAGCCCAUUUUCAAGGAGUUAGAAUCAAUAUUGCGUAAAGGAGGGGGGUGGUAUCCUAGCAAAGAGCCUGCCUCCCCGGAGAGAACCCAAGACCAGCAGGUCCACAGCGUGGUGAGGAGCAUCAUGGGAAGUCUGAAGACCCUGGGCCUCCUGCCCAGUAAGAGCAUGGGCGUCCCCUCCCUCCAGAAGCCUGUGGACAGGCACCGUCUGUCAGGCUUCCUCUACAAUAUCUCCAUGUACCUCCAGGAGAUGGGUGCUGAGCUGGAGGAGCGACAGCUUGUCUCUGACGAGGAACAACUGUGGGGUAAGGUAUUAUAGUCCUUCAUCCAGUCAGAAGAGGGUGCUGCGCUGAGCCAGUGGGACAGCCGGGAGCCCCCCAGGCCCAGCGUCAGACUCCAGGACUGGUUCCUGUCCCUGAGAGGCAGCUCUCACUGGGACGGCCUGCUGGGGCUUCUGCAGAGCCUUAUGUCCCUGUCUGAGCGGCAACCCCACAAGCCCCUGCUUGACUUCCUGUCCCAGAACUGGAGGACAGUGAGUGCCCUGCUGGAGGUGGCCCUGCAGGCGCUGGUCAGCGGGACCUAUGGCCAGGCCAGCGCCGGGCUGCAGGGCUUCAUCUGUGCCCUGAGGGGCCGCAGUGAAUGUGCCUUCAGUGUCAGCUGGCUAACACAGUUCCUCCGCUUCAUGGAGACACGCAACUGGAAGCCCGUGGUGAACCUGCACCUUGCAGGGAUGGGGGCCGACCAGAGAGGGGGCUCGGCUGCUUUUGGGCGCCUGAAACCCUUCAGCAUGCCCCCCAAGGCCCUGAGAGAGGAGGGGUUGUCUGGGAAUGCCACUCAAGGGGACAUUGGGGACAGAAGGGACAUGUACGGCAACCUGAGGAGAAAGGUGUCCCGUGUUACCAUGGCACUGCUUGAUGAUGUCAGCAGCGUGGUGGACGUGCCACAGCCCAAACAUAAGGGCAGAUGCUCCGUAGGUGACCUGAGACAGCUAAUCUUAUGGGGGAUCAGACAUAAUGUCACGUGGAAUGCUCAGGCUCUGGGCUUCAACUCGCAGGGCCCUCCCAGCACCCCUCCCUUCCUCUCUUGCCCCUCAAUAGAGGGUGAGACAGGGGACCCCAGAACCCCACCACACCCCUCUCGCCCUAGACCAGCCCUGUCACCCCGCAGGGCGCCCAAACAGAAACAACCACACAGCUCAACCCCAGUACCCCGCCGUUCCCGUCUCCUCAAGCCCCAGUCUGAGGCAGUAGAAGUUGGCCACAGCCACCUGAGAGAAAUGGGGUACUUUGCCUCAGCAGAGAUCCUGGAAGCAGCAUGCAACGCCUCUAUCCCAGGCCUUACUGGGGUGUCCAACUUCACUGUGUUCCUUUACUGUAACCUAUUUGACGGGGACGAUGGGUCUGUGAACCCGGAGGUUGGUCAGGUGGGACCCGACCUGCACGCCACGUGUUCUGACGCCGCCUGGUACCUGUCUGCAGCCGAGGAUGACUUCUUGUGGGUCCACGUCUGCAGCGAGUUCUUCACCCACCAGUUCAACAAUACUGUGUGUGCCAACUCCUCCUUUUGGCUGCAGCGAGCACACCAGGCUGCAGAGAUGGACUACCACUACUUCAACCAGUCCAGUAUAGGUGACCUGUGUGUGCAGCUGUCAGGGGAGGUGGUGGAGUGCGGGGACAGCCUAGGGCCUGACGAAGCCUGCCUAGCCCAGCUGGGCACCAGGUCCCUCAGCGCCCAGGACUUCAGACGCUGCUUCCUGCCCAACAUUUCUGCUCUGGUCUCAGCCCUGUGUGGCAGCGAGUCCCCUGAGGCCCAUCCCUCCCACACAUCCCUUCCGGAGGGCAGCUGGGCUGCAGAGUACUGCUCCAGACUCCACAACUCCUCCCACCCUGAAUCCAUAGAAGACAUAUGUAACUACAGGAAGUGGAGCCUGCAGUAUUUCACCAACGCCACCCUACUGGAGCUCUGUGGCAGUACAGAGGGGCUGAGGGAGUACGUUUGUAGCAAUGCCACCCUCUACCGCCUGCUACUCCCAGCCUAUCCUCAGCUCUCUGACCUUUGCGUUGACUUGGAUGUAGAGCAGGAGGACAGGAAGUGCUUCCUCCAGUGGUUCUUUGACAUGCUCCCGGCGCCGUACGACAUUGACAAAUCACAGCUGUGUGAGAGUCCUGCUCCGCUGCUGGUGGAGGCACUGCACAGGCUGAGUGUGUGUGAGGUGGAUGGGGGUGAGCGAGGAGGCUGGGUGGGGGCUGUGGGGUAUGUGCUGAGGGUACUGGACUUUGUGGUGGGGCUCUCGGCGGGGCUGGAUGAGGGGGAGGGGGAGGUGAGGCAGGGCCUGGGUCAGGCCAUCCUCCUCUCCAGUCUCCUUGACAACGCCUCAUUCUGGGCGACUCUGCGUCCCAACGCCUCACUGAGCGUGCUCCAAACCGUGGGCUUGUUCCUGCGCAGGGAGCAGAGCGCAGCUCUCAAAGAGGACCUGCUCAGCUGCUUCAGUCCUGUAUUAUGGGACCUCAUUGAGAGAGAGGACAACUCCUCUGCCCUCAGAGUCCUAAUGCAGGAGUACCUCCAAAUGCCCAGGGAGAGUAUCCGCACACUGGUGAUGUCAGCAGAGAAAGAUGCGGUGAAGAGGUUUCUGUCUCACAUGCACCAGAGCUGGGACCAGCUGCACGUAGAGACCACUCAGUCCUCGCAGAGAGAACUGCAGGCCAUGGAGACCAUGACGUCCGCCUUCAUCCACAAGUUCCCUCGUGUGACCCCUGACCUCUUCGUCGACCUAUCACAGUUUAUACCUUUCAUGUCCGUCUCUGACAUCAUGAGCUUCCCCACCUCCCUGAUAGUCAACACCAGCCUGUCGAUGGCGAUCCGUGACCACAGCACAGAGAUGAAGUCUCCACAGAAACAGGCGUUUGUGAAGAGGCUCCUGCAGUCCAGUGUGGUGGGAGAUGUCCCUUCCUGGCCACCGUACUUCCUCAGCUCCAUCCUCCCACUACUCCCACUACUCCCACACCUCCCAGUCAGCCAAUUUCAGCAGCUGACAUCAGACCAGCUGAGUCCCCUGGUGGAGUUUCUGGGAAACUCCAGUCUGGAUGGAACAAGGGGUCGCCAUGUUCUACGGACUCUAUUCAUUAAAAAAAGGAACUUCACCAGUGAUAACGUAUCGAGGCUGGGAGUUCUGGUUUGUUACCUGAAACCAGAGGAGCUGCGUCCGUUUCUGCUGGCUUCCCCUGUGUCCUCUGCUCUUUGGCAGCAGCUAGCUCUCUGUGUGUCUGAGGGACUCAUCAGUGCUUCAGGCAGGCUGUCCCUCUGGCUGGUCCAGGCAGUACAGCCUCUGAACGCCAGCACUCUACCUCCUCCAGCACUGGCCACCCUCAGGGGCCUACUGCCCCAGCUAGGGGCUUCCUUCCUGCAGUCACUGCCCUCACUACAGCUCUUGGACCUGCUAAAACAACCAGGCCUGCCCAGCUUCUCCCCAGCACAGGUCAGCACUGCAUGGACUAUGCCUACACACCUCACCAUGGAUACACUGUGCAGGCUGAAGCCCUUACUGCAUGGCCUGUCCCCUGCUGUGCUCAGAGGCAUACACUGGUCCGAGAUCAGUGGAACCACUCACUGCCAGUGCUGGAGCACUCUACUGGCUGACCUGAAGCCUGCCCAUAGAGCCAUGCUCCACAGGGCACUGCAGGAGCCCCAACAGUUAAAGGCUUUAGCCAGCAACUCAAGGAACUUCACAGUGCAGCUCCAAUGUCUCCUGCCGUUUGUGCCCCUGAUGGAGCUGAUAGAGGUUCUGGAUGGAGAGACAUUCCUGAGAGAUAUGAGCCUGUACAGAGACCUGCCCUGGUCCCCCCAACAGAGGAAAUGCGUUGUAGAGGAGCUGCGGCAAAGACCAGAGGAAGACCUGGAUGGUAUAAGUCCCUGGUUUGCUGCAGAAUUACCGGUGAACCUGAUUGAGAGCCUGUCUAAUACUUCACUGACAGCCAUCCUGGCUCACAUUCAGCAGCACUUUGUGGACUUCCUCAAGCUGCCCCGUCAUAAGCAGAUGGCCUUAGCAGAAAAGGCCAUCACUGUGCUGGUGGUGCUGAGUGCAGACACGGUGGAGGAGGUUCUGGCAGGUCAGUGGCGCUGGGAGAACAGUGAUGUGGGUCAGGCCUGUGUGUCCCAGUGUGUGGACCAGCAGGGCCAGAGAGAGAGGAUCCACAGCCUCAUACGAGGGGUCGUCAGAGCACAGAGCAGGAGGAGAAAAGUGCCAGUCCCAAGCUGUGGCGACAUGAGGCACCUUCCCCUCAGCAUGGACAGCCAAUCAGCUGAGCCGGAUGGCGGAGGAGGAGUUGAGGCAGCCUACAGUCCAGUUAGAGGCCUGAGGCCAGAGCAGGUCCUGGGGCUCGGCUGUCUGGUCACUGAGCUGGGGGAGAGAGAGCUCCAGGACACUAACCUGACUGACCUGGGUGUCCUGGCCUACCUGGGGACUCUGACCGACUGGAGCCCCAAAAUGAUGAGAGCAGCAGUUGUUGGUGUGAUGCGGAAGCGGAAGUUGAAGGUGGAGCAGCUCGGAGCUGUAAAAGUGGCUUCUCUAGGACACUUGCUCUGUGGUUUCACACUGUCAGAGAUCAACAGACUGGACCCCUACAACCUCAGCAUGGCUGCUCUGUUCCUGAGGGAGCUGGCCCUGCCGUGUUCAGAGCAGCAAAUGGAGGCUCUGACCGCCGUCUCUCCAGAGGCCUUUGGCCCCGUCAGUACCUGGGGCCCAGAGGUCUUCACUGAGAUCGGCACACUAGCAGCGGGUCUGGAGGACAUGGUUCUGUCUGCUCUGGUACAGGAGCAGGUGGAGGGGCUCAUCCCCGACGCUAUCGCCCUGAUUCCCCCCACAAAGAUGGCUGUGGUAUUCAGUGCGGUCCAGUUGUCAUGGCUGAAUGUGGAGCAGGCUUGGGUGGUCACAGAGAAGCAGUGGGCAGAGACAUGCCUUGGGCCUGGCGCAGUACGAGGGGGGAUGUCCUGCUAGAGCACAGGGGGAGGAAUGUGGCCCCGGCAACACGGUCAGCUGACAGCCUCACUGUGUGCUUAUUGUCUCUAUGCUGUAUGUUAUGGCAACUACCGUAAAACACACAGUAACCCAUUUGUAUUUAUUUGUUCUUUGACCUUUUAUCAAAUUGUAACAUUUGUACUUAAAAAUAAACCAAACAUUUUGAACUGUG